UAAGAAGACAUUUAAAAGGAAUACGUUUAACCUUGCAGAUUUAUCGUACCCUCCCCACAACUCCAACUUACAGCCAUGAAGACUGGUCUAUUUCUUGUUGGCUUAUUGGCUGUUGCUUUGGCUGAAGUAAUUCAGCUAAGCCCUCAGCAAGAAGAAGAGGCUCGAUUGGCUCUGCGAAAUCCAGACUUGUACGAUGGUGACAUGGCUGGUAUCAAUGGACCUUUGGACGCUGAACGAAACGCUAUUGUUGGAGAUGCAUACAGAUGGCCAAAUGCAGUUGUCCCUUACGUCGUUGAUGAUUCUUUAAGUCAAAUAGAUGCUCAAGAACCCAUAAACAAGGCCAUUGCUGAUUAUCACGCAAAUACCUGUGUCCGAUUCGUAAAAAGGACAAACGAAAAUAAUUACAUUAAACUCUUUUAUGGAAAAGGGUGCUAUUCAAAUGUGGGAAAGAUCAAUGGUGAGCAGGAAGUAUCCCUAGGUGCAGGUUGUUGGUAUACAGGAACAGUAGUGCACGAGCUGGGACACGCUCUUGGAUUCUACCACGAGCAAAGCAGAUCAGACAGAGAUGAUUAUUUGGUCAUCUACCUUGAAAACGUUACUCAGGGCCAGGAAUUCAACUUCAUGAAGCUUCCUUCGAAUCAAAACAUCUUAUAUAAUGACUUCGACCACAAUUCCGUUAUGAUAUACGGAAACAAAUCUUUCUCCAAGAAUGGAGAGGACACCAUAGUGGCCAAAAAUGGACAGACAUUGACUGACCCGUUUAAUAAGCCAGGAUUGGCCCAGAGUGAUAUCGAAAGAGUCAACAAAAUGUACAAUUGUUAAGCAUCAUUACAGAGUCUAAAUAUUUUGCUAAUAAUAAAAAAAUAAUAAGAAAUAUA